GUGUUAUAACUCUUGGAAAAAAAAAAUCCCAAUCUUUAUCUCUCGGAAGAAAAAGAGAUUGAGACAGUGGUUGUUACAUACAUAUUUAUUCAAUUUAAAAUUCGUAAAAAUUUAGUCUUUUUCUCAUUGUUCCAUAUCCUUGUCCUUUCUUCUCCGUCAACAUUGAUUUUUCUCUUCAAAAUUCAAAUAUCUUAUGAUGCCGGAGAAGGGGCAAUUGAUUCUUGAUUCGGAGAUGAAGAGGUAUAGGAAUGGUGAAACAUGGGAAUUUGAGAAUGACAUUAACAAUGUUUCUGUCUCAGAUGGUGUUUUAUUGGGUUUAGAUGGUGGAACAACCUCAACUGUUUGUAUUUGUAUGCCUAUGAUCAUUCAUUUUUCUCAUUCUCAGCUUCAAUCUCUUCCUAUUCUUUCAAGGGCUGUUGCUGGUUGUUCUAAUCAUAAUAGUGUUGGAGAAAUUGCUGCAAGGGAAACAUUAGAGCAAGUUAUGGCAGAUGCGCUUUCAAAGUGUGGUUCAAAACGAUCUUCCGUCCGAGCUGUAUGUUUGGCUGUAUCCGGUGUUAACCAUCCAACAGAUCAACAAAGAAUUCUCAGUUGGCUUAGGGAUAUAUUUCCAAGUAAUGUGAGGUUAUAUGUUCAGAAUGAUGCUGUUGCUGCUCUUGCAAGUGGAACAAUUGGCAAACUUCAUGGAUGUGUAUUAAUUGCUGGCACAGGAACCAUUGCAUAUGGAUUUACUGAAGAUGGAAGAGAAGCAAGGGCUGCAGGCGCAGGACCUGUCUUAGGUGACUGGGGCAGUGGAUAUGGAAUAUCUGCGCAGGCACUAACUGCGGUAAUAGAAGCGCAUGAUGGUCGUGGUCCAAGUACAAUGCUGACGAGUAGUAUUUUACAAACGCUUGGUCUUUCUUCUGCAGAAGAAUUGAUUGGGUGGACUUACGCAGAUCCAUCUUGGGCCCGCAUUGCAGCACUCGUUCCAGUUGUAGUAUCCUGUGCAGAGGCUGGCGAUGAGGUUGCAAAUAAGAUCUUGCUAAAAUCGGCACAAGAAUUGGCUUCAAGUGUUAAAGCUGUUGUAGGGAGACUUGGAUUGUGCGGUCAAGAUGAAAAAGGCGCUUUUCCGCUUGUCAUGGUUGGUGGUGUUCUUGAAGCAAACACAAAGUGGGAUGUAGGGAAAGAAGUAAUAAAAUGCAUUUCCAAAUACUUUCCCAGGGUGCUUCCCAUUAGACCUAAGGUAGAGCCUGCUGUUGGGGCAGCAUGGUUAGCUUGGAAUUUUUUCAUGAAAGAAUAUAACAAGGAAUUAUGCAGCCGCUGACAAUUCAUGAUGGAGUGGAAUAAAAGAGAAAAAUAUUGAUAAAAAAGAAAGGAAGUGAAAAAUCCAAUUCUUGGCUGUAAAGUAAAAUCAAUAUGCCAUAUAGUUUAUGUACAUUCAAAGUUUAUAUUUUAUUAGCAAAUGGUACAUUGGUAGGAUUUAGUUCCUCCCUGUCCUUGCCAAGUGAGGCACAGUUUCUCAAAUUAUUUUUCUUUGUGAACUUGUGAUCAUACCUUAAACCCUUGCUUGUGUAAAUAGUUACCAGAGGUGUAAGUGUAACCAUCCGAGAGUUGUCUUUAUUGUCACAUAAAUUACUAUUGGUUUUUACUAUCAUUAACUGAUUAGCAAAUUAAUUUGUACUUA